AAAACCAUAAUAGUCCCUCUUAUUAUAAAUCAAUACACUAUUUUAUCUCCACUUCCUUCAGACCUUCACCAUUGUUGUUCUGUUUGUUUCAUACAAAACACAGACACAGUCAAGCAUAGACUAAACUCCUCUUACUGUAUAGCACCAAACUCAUUACCCUCAUCUUAUCUCUGAAUACAAACAUGAUCAAAGAGUUUCUUCAUACAGACCCUUCCUCCAUUUUCAACCUUCUCAAAUCUUACGCACUUUCUCCCCAUAAUAUCCUCAAAGCCAAAGACUUCUUCCACCAAAUUCAAAAACCCAAUUUAUCCCAUUGGAAUCUCAUGAUACGUGGUUGGUCCCAAACCGACAACCCCAUUGAAGCCAUUCGCACUUACAACCUCAUGUAUAGCCAAGGCCUAAUUGGUAACAAUAUCACUUACCCUUUUCUCCUCAAGGCAUGUGCUCGCAUUCCUAAUGUUUCCUGUACCAGAAUGGUUCAUGCUCGUGUUUUGAAACUUGGGUUUGAGUCGGUUCUCUUUGUUUCCAACUCCUUGAUUCAUGGGUAUGCAGGAUUUGGUGAAUUGGGUUUUGCGCGUAAGGUGUUUGAUGAAAUGUCUGAACGGGAUUUGGUAUCUUGGAAUUCUUUGAUUUGUGGGUAUGGUCGGUGUAAGAGGUAUAGUGAGGUUUUGGAUGUUUUUGAAGCAAUGAGGAUGGCUGGUGUGAAGGGUGAUGCUGUGACAAUGGUGAAAGUUGUUUUGGCUUGUUCUGUUUUGGGUGAGUGGAGUGUUGCUGACGCUAUGGCUGAGUACAUUGAGAAAAAUAAGGUGGAGGUUGAUGUUUAUUUGGGAAAUACAUUGAUUGAUAUGUAUGGACGGCGUGGUAUGGUUGAUCUGGCCCGGCGAGUAUUUGAUCGAAUGCAUGAUAGGAAUAUGGUUUCUUGGAAUGCUAUGAUCAUGGGUUAUGGGGAAGCAAGUAACUUUGUUGCUGCAAGGGAACUGUUUGAUGAUAUGCCGCAGAGGGAUGUGAUCUCGUGGACUUCUAUGAUCACUGGUUACUCUCAAGCAGGUCAGUUUGUAAAGGCAGUGAGGCUUUUCAAAGAAAUGAUGGAAACUAAGGUGAAGCCGGAUAAAAUCACCGUUGCCAGUGUGCUCUCUGCGUGUGCUCAUAUCGGCUCACUUGAUGUUGGAGAGGCUGUUCAUGACUAUAUUAGGACACAUGAUGUGAAGGCUGAUAUUUAUGUUGGAAAUGCUUUGAUUGAUAUGUAUUGCAAGUGUGGAGCGGUUGAGAAAGCAUUGGCGGCAUUUGAAGAGAUGGGGAAGAAGGACUCGGUAUCGUGGACAUCAGUGAUCUCAGGCCUUGCUGUCAAUGGUUUUGCAGAUUUCGCACUUAAUUUAUUUUCACUUAUGUUGCGGGAAGGUGUUAGGCCUACUCACGGAACCUUUGUUGGAGUUUUGCUGGCCUGUGCUCAUGCUGGAGUGGUAGAUAAGGGGUUGGAAUAUUUCGAAAGUAUGGAAAAAGUUUAUGGAUUAACACCGGAAAUGAAACACUAUGGCUGUAUUGUGGAUCUUUUGAGUCGCUCUGGCGAUCUAGAAAGGGCAUAUGAUUUCAUAAAGCAGAUGCCUGUGGAACCAGAUGUUGUAGUAUGGAGGAUAUUGCUGAGUGCCUCUCAAGUUCAUGGAAAUCUAUCCUUAGCUGAGAUUGCCGCAAACAAGCUUCUAAAACUGGAUCCUUCAAAUAGUGGCAACUAUAUACUAUCCUCUAAUACUUACGCAGGAUCCAAUAGGUGGGAAGAUGUUAUUAGAAUGAGAGGUCUGAUGGAGGAGAGUAAUGUACAUAAACCAUCAGGUAGCAGUUCCAUAGAAAUAAAUGUUUCAAACAGUUCUCAGGAUACAUGUUUUGUUGAAGCUCAAGAGAAAAUUAAAUUGAACGAUAUGUAGAAGAAUCAUUUAUUACUCUAUAAAUGAUUUCUUUUCUUUUAUGGGAUAUCAUGUGAGAAAGCAUUGGCGGCGUUUGAAGAGAAGGAGAAAAAUGAAUGGCCUGGAGAUUUACACCUGACCCUCGAUAGCCUGGUUGUCUUCGACUUCUCACAGCUCACAAAGGACUUUAUAUCUGUUGGGACAAGGUUCAAGUAUAAUUCCUUGUUGGGGAUUAGAAAUGAAAUUGCUAAACAGACAGAGGAUUGAUCGUUCAUAUGGCUGCUGCUAAGUCAUACAGCUAUCAUAAAUAAUAACUCAUCAAAGCUGCAGCAAAAAAUGGUGCAAACCGAUUCCAAUAGAUGAGCCAUGUAGCAGCAGCUUGAGAUAAUGUUUUUAAAGGACAUCAUCAAAUCCAUGGCGCAAAGCUUGUUUAAGAUUGAAAGGGUAAACACCUUGACUUAGGAAACCAUUUUCCAACUGUUCGUAACUAGAUAAUGGUGUAUCAAGCAGUGUUAUAAUCAGGACUGUUCAAAAAAAACUACAUAAUCAAACCGAACUGUAGUUAAAUAAACCGAACCACUACUUUUGGUUAAUGAACUGGGCCUGUGUUUCACAAACAACCAUAACUGAACCAACUGCAGUUAACCGAAUCCAAACCGAUCAAACCAAAUUCUUCAACAGCUCAGUUAUUUUUAACUUCAGCUUCUAAUCUAUGCAUUGCAGACUCGGUUACUUUUCACUUUCACAUGAAUGCAUGAUCAAAUAAUGAACCGGAGAAUCCUAAACCCCCAAAUCAGUGAAGAACACUCAAAUCACAUCUAGUUUCAGAAUCAAACCCAUAAUCGAAGUUCGUGAACUCAUAAUUGAAGGUUCAAAAUCGAAGGCUGCAAACUGUAACAUUUUUGCAACAAAACAAUGACAGCAUCACAAUUCACAAACACUCUCAAUGUUGUUGCUAUGCAAAUCUUGAUGUUCCUUCAUCACAAAUCACUAUACCUACUGUAAUAUAGAGAAAAAUAUAAACUUGGUUGCUUCCGGAAUUGGUGCAGUGCAAUAUUCUUACUUGCUUGCAUACAUUGAAUAAUCAAGCUCUUAGUUGUGUAUGUUUAGUUAUCUUUAUGUUUUUUCAAUCUAUUUGUUAAUGGUUACUGAUACAGUUCUGAUGGACAAGGUGUGUAACCAAUUUUUCUGACUAGUAUUUGUAUAAAAGGAAGGUAAUAUAAUUUUGUAAUGUUAAGUAUUUUUACAUCAAAUUCUUAAAAUUUCACACCUUCCUACCUAGUUUUCACAUUCUUUUUACUUCUCCUUUUCAAGUUUCUUACUCCAAAAAGCUCACCCCCUGCUUCCACCAGAUCCUUCACCACUUCUCAUAUUGGUCCCUGAUCCAAUUUUUAGAUUCUAAAUAGUGAAAUGACUUGUAGUUAUUUUUUAUUCCAACAAAAGUAUUGACAUGCUUUAUGCUAUAGAUGUGAUUCUUUUCUAUCAUCUUAUUUUAUGUUAUAUUAUUUUUGUUUUUUCUUUAUUGACUUAGUGACUAAGACUGCUAUUUAAUUAAAUAUAUUGGAAGAGAAAGUGUGGGGAAUAAGGGUUCGAAACUAUUAAGUUGUAACCGAUGACAAUUCAUUUUGUUUUUUUAUCAUCGUAUUUCAUGUUAUAUAGUUUCUCUUUUUAGUCCCUUUGUUUUUUUAAUCAUAUUUAUUUGUAUUGAUUAAGUAUUAUUACUUAUUGUUCU